AUGGAGUACUACCAGGCACAAGCCGGCUAUGUGGGCGCUGCUGUCCAGGCGGCGCAGCUUGCUGCCCAACCACCUGCUGACGAAGUCGUUGCCAGCCUCGUGCAGGACCUGCAGAAGGGCGACGAGCGGGAGACAGCACUGCUGGAACUAUCCAAGCGAAGGGAGUCUCUAACAGACCUGGCGCCAAUCCUGUGGCAUUCGUUCGGUACUAUCGUGGCUCUUAUUCAGGAGAUCGUGCAAAUCUAUCCUCAGCUUGCGCAGCCCCCCACAUUGACUGCGACCGCAUCCAAUCGGGUGUGCAAUUCAUUGGCCUUGCUACAGUGUGUGGCAUCCCAUCCGGAGACCAGACCUUUGUUCCUCAAGGCACAGAUUCCAUUGCUGCUGUACCCUUUCCUGAACACGUCCAGCACGGAGAGGCCGUUCGAGUACCUUCGGCUGACCUCUCUCGGGGUCAUCGGUGCCCUCGUCAAGGUGGAUGAUCAAGAAGUCAUAGGCUUCUUGCUAAACACAGAGAUAAUUCCACUUUGCCUGCGAAUCAUGGAAAGUGGCAGCGAGCUUUCAAAAACGGUUGCAACAUUCAUCGUGCAGAAGCUGCUGCUGGAUGACACAGGCUUGUACCACGUUUGCGAAUCUGCGCAUCGCUUCUACGCGGUUACAAAUGUACUUUCCAAGAUGGUCGGUGUCCUUGUGCAAAAUCCUUCCAUCCGCUUGCUCAAGCACGUGGUGCGGUGCUACCUGCGUCUCACGGAAGAAGCACGAGCCAGAGAGGUGCUGAGGCAGUGCCUGCCUGAGGGCCUGCAGUCUGAUCCAUCGCUGAAGCGCCUGCCCCACUCCAUCAGCCAGAGCUUGGAGGAGGACCCGACGACAAAGCGAUGGCUGAACCAGUUACUGACCAAUCUGAACUACCGAUGA